AUGAGAACUUAUCUUGCUGAACCCUCAAGACAACUAAAUGAGUGGCUGAAGACAUGGGAGACAGACAGCUAUCUGAAGAAUGAGGUUGAUGACAACCUACCAGCAUGA